GUCAAGCUCAAAGACAAAACAGAGUAAGAAAUGGCAGAGAAAACCAGAAACAGCAAUGCAAUUACGGAAGCUGCCGUAGAAUCCUUGGUGGAUGGUGUCUUGAAAACUUCAGUUCAAACGACACAUGAAGAUGAAAUACCACUCCAUCGUACAAAGAAGAAUGUUAACGUUAGCAUUCCCUCGGAACACCUCUUUCGUGAGCUGACUGCACUAGUUCCAGUACAUUUGGAUAGUGAAGAUGAAGAUUCCUCGUCUUUGAAUGACCAGGUUGUCAGAUCUUUUCCAGUUUCACCAGGAGAGAAAGAUACAUGUAGUUUGUUGUCAGACCCAAAAGAUAUGGUCAAUCGGAAGAAAACAACUAAGCUGAAUCGACUAAUGAGGAAUGUAUUUUCAAAAAAGAAAAGCGUGGGUACGGAGAAAAAAUUUGGCUGGGGUAUUAACGAAAAAGAACUGACAGUUAAAGCAUUCCCCUCUCAAGAGCUACUAGUGUUUGAUGACUUUACAAGCAAAGAUGAUAACUCCGUGGAUAAGGCGCCGCUAUUUCACAGCAAAGAUCACCAGAAAAAGUCCCGAGCAAAGCGAUCCACUCGUCUUCUCCUAUCCUGCUUCAGAAAACCGUGAAUUUUGUGUUCGAUUAAGAAAAGAUUUAUAAAUCAAAUAUACAAGAGUUCAAAAACAAGCAAGCAUUAUUACUGUUAAACGAGAAUUUUGUUCACGAGAAACUCAAGAAAUAAACAAUCUUGGAUUGCAAUGAAGCAUAGAAAAUGUCUUAACUAUUAAUUUUUAUAAAGUCUAGUCAAGUUUUAAUUAUUGCAUAU